AAUUUUUUGAAAAAAUUAAAAAAAAUCAAAAUCUUUUUGCAUGACUCAAGGAAAGAAUAAGAAAUUAGGAAAGAAGAAGGGAUAAAAGAAGACAAUCGACCCAUUAGCUAGAAAGGAGUGGUUUGAAUUAACAGCACCAGUACCCUUCGCUGCUGGUGGAUUUGGCUAUACUUGCAUUAAUAAAUCUGCAGGAACAGUUGUGGCCACCGAAGCCAUUAAAGGAAGAGUCGUCGAAGCAUCUUUGGCUGACCUUCAAGGACAAUCAGAUUAGAUGGCAUGGAGAAAAGUGAAAUUGAUUAUUGACGACGUCGAAGGCACAAGAUGCAGAACAUCCUUCUAUGGUCUUGAUUCAACAAAGGACAAGAUCUUCGGUAUGAUUAAAAAGCGAUAAACUUUGAUUGAAACUUAAGUUGAAGCCAGAUCUCAAGAUGGAUACAUCCUCAGAAUCUUUGUUAUUGCAUUUACAAAGUCAAUCAAAAACCAAUAAAGAAAAACAACAUAUGCUCAAAGAAGCCAAAUCAAAGACAUCAGAAAGAAGAUCGUCGAAAUCGUCCUUAAGGAAGUCUCCAAAAAAUCAAUUACCUAAUUGCUUGGUUUCUUCAAUCAAGAGUCUCUUGCCAAGGAAAUUGGAAAGGCCACCAGAACCAUUUUCCCAUUGUAAAACAUUACAUUGAGAAAAGUCAAGUUAGUCAAGAGACCCAAGGUUGAUGCUUAAAAAUUGAGAGAAUUUUAUGAUGAUUCCAACAGAACAAAGACAGCCUAAGUCAGAAGAAAAGGUUAAGCUGAAGAUUAAACUGCUCUUAAUCUUAUUAAGCAAGGAAGAAGUCGACAAAGAAUAAUAUUAAGUCUAACAAGAAUGAUACUAUUCCAGUAUAAAGAAUAAAAUUAUUUAUUAUAUUUAAUAUCUUCGUUCUGA